ACGGCCCGGAGCCGGUGAAGCGGCGCAGGGGGAGGGGAAGGAACCAAGGGAUGAGCGCCGGGAGGGCGUCGGGGGCCCUGAGCCGGACUAGGACGCCCCUGCAGCCGGAGCCCCGACAGAAGCCGGAGCCCGAACGAAAUCACCGGUACCGGGUGGGCCAGCUGCAGCCCCCUAAACCCAGGAGGCGCCCUGGCCCGCGCUCGCCCCCCAGGGCCUCAUGUCGGAACCACAGCCUGACCUGGAGCCGCCCCAACAUGGGCUGUACAUGCUUUUCCUGCUUGUGCUGGUCUUCUUCCUCAUGGGCCUGGUAGGCUUCAUGAUCUGCCACGUGCUCAAGAAGAAGGGCUACCGCUGCCGCACGUCAAGGGGCUCAGAGCCUGACGACGCCCAGCUUCAGCCCCCUGAGGACGAUGACAUGAAUGAGGACACAGUAGAGAGGAUUGUUCGCUGCAUCAUCCAAAAUGAAGCCAAUGCUGAGGCCUUGAAGGAGAUGCUGGGGGACAGUGAAGGAGAAGGGACAGUGCAGCUGUCCAGCGUGGACGCCACCUCCAGCCUGCAGGACGGAGCCCCUUCCCAUCAUCACACAGUGCACCUAGGCUCUGCAGCAUCUUGCAUCCAUUGCAGCCGCAGCAAGAGACCCCCACUAGUCCGUCAGGGACGCUCCAAGGAAGGAAAAAGCCGCCCCCGGACUGGGGAGACCACUGUGUUCUCUGUGGGCAGGUUCCGGGUGACACACAUUGAGAAGCGCUAUGGCCUGCAUGAACAUCGUGAUGGCUCUCCCACAGACAGAAGCAGGGUCUCUGGUGGGGGACAGGACCCAAGGGGUGGGCAGGGGUCUGGGGGAGGGCAGCCCAGGGCAGAGAUGCCUGCCUUGGAGAGGCUGCCCCAUGAAGGGCCACAGCCCCAGGCCCUGGCCAGCCCUCCAGUGCAGAAUGGAGGACUCAGGGAUGGCAGCUUAAUUCCUUGUACACUUGAGGGGAACCCUGGAGCCUCUGCAGAGCCGACACUGAGGGCCGGAGGGAGGGGCCCAAGCCCUGGGAGGCCUACUCCAGAGGCAAAUGGACAGCCAAGCAAACAGGACACCUCAGAUCACCAGGUGUCUCCACCACGGGGAACAGGGGGUGUGUGAGCAUUCUUCACUGGCUGAUGGACUACCAGCUGGCAGGGCCAGGGGACAGGUGGGCAUGAAGGCCUACCUCUCCACUGUACAGCACUGCCCCCAGCUGAGUGACCAGCUCUACUUCUACCUGGAGUUGCAUGGUCUCAGGCUGGGGGACCUCGGGAGAGGUGCCCCCAUCCCUGGACCCUCAGUUAUCUUCCCCUUCCCCUGCCUUCCAACAGGCUGCCUGACCUGCCUUCCCCAGCCCCUCGCUCCAUGUGCUAGAGAGUGGCAGCUGGAAGCAGGCCCCUGCCCUUGGUGGGCCACUAAAGCAAUAGCACCUUAGGCCCCCUUCCCUCUUGGCACAAGAGGCCCAGGCCUGGCUUGGCCUUCGUGCCCUUUAUUCACUGUCAAUAAAUCCGCUCAGACCAUUA